GAGAGAGAGAGAGAGAGAGAGAGAUGGUGUCGUGAAAAAAAAUAAAAAGGGAGGUGAGAGAGUGAAUUAGACAAACCAAACCAAAGCGGAAUGCCGCACCCUUCAAUAAUCCAUUCUUCAAACAAUGGCUGAGGAACAUCCUCGCCCUAGGCUUCUUCUUCUUCUUCCUUUUCUCGAUCUUCUUCAAUAAUCUUCUUUGCAGCAUUGUCGUCGUUGUUGCGGUUGCGUGCGAUGGGCGAGGUGGGGAAGAUACUUUACAUAGUGGUGGUCGAUGACUCCGAGAGGAAAGAGUCCUUCCGCUACUCGCGUCCCGUUCUGCAGAGCACGCUCCAGCUCAUGGGUUGCAAAGCGCGUCACGCCUUCAAGAUCAGCCAAAGAGUGUUUGAACUCACAAGGAAAGAGAAUUCUACUGAUGUUUUGAAGCCGGAAGUAGAGGCCCUAUCAGAUUUUGAUGUUUUCAAGAGGAAUUUUGUAAAGAGAGAUGGUAAAAGUGUACCAUUUGAGUUGUACAAAAGGCGCACAUCUGCAUUUGUUCGGAGAGAAAUUUUUCUAGAUAUUGCCUGUGAUGCUCUGGCAGAGUACAAGUAUGUGGGUCCUAACCAGAGAGCAGACUUGGUAUUAGCCUGCAGGAUCCGGGAAAGGAAAGAGUCUGUGACAGUGUUAUUGUGUGGCACUAGUGGCUGUGGCAAAUCCACUUUGUCUGCAUUGCUGGGAAGUAGGUUAGGAAUCACGACAGUGGUAUCAACCGAUUCUAUUCGGCACAUGAUGAGAAGUUUUGCUAAUGAGAAAGAAAAUCCCUUGUUGUGGGCUUCUACAUACCAUGCAGGGGAGUGUUUGGACCCUGUUGCUGUUGCAGAAGCAAAGGCUAGAAGGAAAGCAAAAAAGCUGGCUGGUGUGUCACAUUUAGUUUCCAAGGAAGACGUAACUGAGGGUCACAAUUCUAGCAAAUCUGAUAUUAGGACGUUGGAGACGAGCUCUGGUCCUACUGAACUGCUAAGUCCAAAACAAAUGGCUAUCGAAGGAUUCAAGGCACAGAGUGAGAUGGUGAUUGACAGUCUUGAUAGGCUAAUCACUGCAUGGGAAGAACGAAAAGAGUCUGUUGUUGUGGAGGGUGUUCACUUGAGCCUCAACUUUGUUAUGGGGCUCAUGAAGAAACAUCCUUCAAUUAUACCAUUCAUGAUACACAUUACAAAUGAGGAUAAGCACUUGGAAAGAUUUGCUGUACGUGCGAAGUAUAUGACACUAGACCCAGCUAAAAACAAGUAUGUGAAGUAUAUCAGAAACAUCAGAACAAUCCAGGAGUAUCUCUGCAAGCGUGCUGAAAAGCAUUUAGUUCCCAAAAUAAACAAUACCAAUGUUGACAAGAGUGUAGCAGCCAUUCAUGCAACUGUCUUCAGCUGUCUUCGAAGGCGUGAGGUUGGGGAACAACUAUAUGAUCCUGUUAGAAAUACUGUGACAGUUGUUUAUGAGGAAUAUAGAAAUCAAUGUGCAGCCAAUUCUUUGAGCUCAAAAGGAAUGUUUCAACUGAUCCAAAGAAAAGGUUCUUCAAGGAAUCUGAUGGCUCUUGUUAAUACUGAUGGGUCUGUGGCAAAGGCCUGGCCUGUUAAUUUAGUUGACUGUAAUGGGAAGCCUGUAUGGUGCCAUGGACCAGAGAAUGGAGUUGGACAUCCAAUGUAUGGUCCCUUAAGAAUUGGCAAGGCAGAACCUAUAAAUCUUCAGUUUGGUUUUUAUGGGAUCAGUGCAUGGCCAAGUGAUGGUGGCACUAGUCGUGCUGGAAGUGUUGACGAGUCUAGAGCCGAUGGAACUGAUACAGGUAGUAGAUAUGUAUCCUCUUGCUGUAGCUCACCAAGGAUGUCGGAUGUUGCCGCAAAGGAGCUCAAGGAAGACUUCUCAGUGCAUGGUAGUGAUGAAGAGAUUGACGAUCAACCGGAGGUGGGCAGUGAUGAGGAUUUCAGUGAUGAUGGCGACAAACAUGCCCUUGAAGAGGUAGGAUCAGUUGACGAGGAAUCGACAAAAUCCGAUGAAGAGUACGAUGAUCUUGCGAUGCAAGACGUGCUGGAAAAUGGGUAUUGGUCAGAUGAUGAAGAGUAUAGGAUCAGGGUUGAUGGUGUUACCGGUGAACUAGGAAGUAAAAUGCAUGGGGGGUACAAGUAUCGUCGAAACCUGGAUCUUUUCCUUAGAAGUAGAAGCGAGUUGGCAGAGCCACUAUUUUCUUAUUCUUCUUUGCUCGUGGAAAAGAAUGAGAGGAAAGCCAAAUUAAGAACACGUUCUCUUAGUAUUCCUGCAUUGGGAAAGCAUCGUUCAGCAGUGAAUGAUCCCAUCCUUUCUGGUGCUCCUCACAGGUAGCACUACUUACUUUCCCUCUUCAACAAAACUCGUAAUGAUCAGUUGUUUUUGGUGUUUUUUUGAUUUACUAUAGCUUACGAUGUCCCAUGUGUAUAUAGUAGAGCGUCCAAAACCUUCCUCGUCUUGUAGUUAUUUCGUUGCUUGAUAUGGAUGAAUCAAUGUUUUGACAUUUUUUAAAAACAUUUUUCUAAAGAUGUAUAUAAAGAAUGCAACAUCGCCCUUAUCUCUUGAAUCCA